AUGACAGCGAGCGAGGAACCAAUUCUGUCCCGCUUGGAUCGCCUCGACAACAUGUUGAGGCAGCUGGAGGAGAUUAAAGCAGCUGGGAGCGGCCGGUCAUCUUCCCCCACGACGACGUCGUCCCCCUCCACCCCGUCCAGCUGGACGGCGGCGAGCAGCCAGGUGUCAUUCGCGGAUUCGUCGCCCAAGAGUCGGUGCCGUCCGAUUGAAAGCGUGAUGGUGGAGGUUGGGAUGAAGGGCAGCCUCAUGGACCGAAUCCACUUCGUCGAGGAACGCAUGCUCAAGUUGUGUACGCAGGUGGAGGAAGAGUUGACGGGAGAGGAGAGGAGGACGAGUGCUGCGGCGGCGGAGGAGGAGGAGGUGACGAGCCCAGGGGGUAGCCGGAAGAAGAAAGGGUUGAAGGGGCUGGUGCGGAAGAUAAUCAAAGGGAAUCAUCAUCACCAUCACCAUCAUCAUCCCAUGGAUCAUGCUAAUCACUCUAAGCUCGGGGCAACACCUAGCUAA